AGUGAAAACUUAUAAGACAUAAAAAACAAUUUGCAAUAAUAAAAAAAAUAAAAAUUCGUAUCCGUAAAAAAAAAAAAUUCAUUUUUUUGCUUUUUUAAUAAAAAUUAAACCAAAAUCCAAGUGAAUGUUUAUUAAUGUGCUUAAGGUUAUUCGGUGAAAUCAAAAGAAAACGAAAAGAAAAACUCAAACUAUAUAUAACAAAAAAUAAAGAAAAAAUGGUUCAAGUGACUUUAAAAUCGUUAACGAAACCAUUUGAUUUUAAUAUAAAAUGGAAACAACUUUUCCAUAUGUUUUAUAUCGAACCCAUACUAUACGUUUUGGUGUUUUCGCACAGUUUAUCAGGUACAAUAAUGAAAAAUGAAAUUAUUUAUCAAACAUGCAUUGUCGUGUAUCAGUAUAAUGAAAGUGAUUGCAUAAAAUUGGGUACAAGAAAUAUUACUGGUUAUUUACAGGAAAUUGAAACAGAAGUUCAGCCCUACGCAGCCGACUUAAGCAUGAUGCGAACACUGCUUGAAAGUAUUGUGCCUUUAUUUUGUGGUGUCUUCGUUGGUUCAUGGUCAGAUCAUUAUGGACGCAAGCCAUUGCUGUUAGUAUCUAUGAUAGGUUUCUCCUUUACUUAUGUCAUUGCUGCUAUUGUUUGCGCAAUAUCUCGCUAUUACCCUGUAAAUCCUUGGUAUUACAUAUUACCUGUGCUGCCGCAUUCAAUAUUGGGUGGAAAUUGUGUAUUUUCAGUAGCGGCUUUCUGUUACAUAUCGGAUAUUACCGACACUAAAACAAGACCCUAUAGAAUGAUUUCUUUCGAAGUGUUUCUAGCGCUUGGUUUAACUAGCGGUAGUUUUUUGUCAAGUUUUGUUUAUGCCGCUACAAAUGCAACGACGACAUUUGCAAUUUCCGGUAUCUUAAUGGUUUUAGUCACUUCUUACAUAGCGAUCGCAGUCCCGGAAAGUUUGUCCAUGAAACCAGCAUGUGAAAUUGAAGCUGACAAAUUUCGUGUGGAUGAAAAGGGAUAUGAAGAUUUUCAAGAAAUAAAAUUGGAUAAAAUGGAAUGUAAUGGUAUCGAUGGCGAUUGCGACACAAAGAAAAGCAUUAAAGAUAACGAUAAGAAAAAAGCGGCCAGUUUAUUUAGUUAUGUUCAUGUCAAGGAUAUGUGGAUUACUUCUUUCAAGAAACGCCCCUGUUACGAUCGCACUAUUAUUAUAUUAAUAACGGGGACCAUAUUUUUGUCGUAUUUUGUGUGGGAUGGAAUCGUUGGUGUUUUCUAUUUAUUUGUACGAGAGAAGUUCCAAUGGUCUAUUAGGGACUUUACGUUUUAUGAAACGAUAAGCCAUAUAGUGCUCUUAAUUGGUUCUGUAAUAGGUUUUCUGAUAUUGCGCAAGUUUUUCCAUUUAUCUGUGGUCACGUUAGCCUUACUCGCAUUUGCUAGCGAAGUUUUACGUUCAUUUGUGCAGGGAAUCGCCAGCGAGCCUUGGCACUUAUAUUUGGCUAUUGCUUUAGGAUUUUUCAAAGGCAUGGGAGGACCCAUGUGUCGUACUAUAAUUUCAAAUAUUAUACCAGCUACAGAUUUGGGAAAAAUUUUCUCUAUCAAAAAUAUUCUCCAAAGUUUAGCUCCAUUCGUGGCUGCUCCUUUAUAUGCUGAGAUCUAUAAAGCUUCCUUAAUCACUUUUCCGGGACUGUUUAAUAUUGUCAGUGCGACGUUGUAUUUAAUUGCUUUUAUAUUUUUAAUUUUUGUUUAUCGUUUCAAAGUGAUUUGUAAAGAACAUUAUGAGAAGGUGUUGAAAUGAUUAUUGCACACUUUGGUGAAUUAGUUCCUUUUUUAUGCUCACCACUAAAGGAUAGGGGUAUAUUCAUUUUGUUUUUUUUCCAUAAUAUAUGUAACACCCAAAAGGAAGCUUCCGAGACUCAAAAAGUACGUAUAUUUUUGAUUGGCGCGAAUUUCUGACUUGAUUAAGCAAUGUCUGUCCCUCUGCGUCUGUGUGGUGUGUAUUGUCGGCGCUCUCCUGCUCGUAAAUAUGAAGAUAUCGACUUCAAAUUUCGUUGAAACAUUGGAAGUUUUUUAUCAUAACGCAGGCAAAGCAAUGUUUGAAACUAUUUUGUAAAUUUCUCAAAUGAAGACAUCUGUGUGGAAAUGGGUUAAUACUAAUAAGAAUAUGGUAAACACCGUGAUUAAUUUUUUUUUAAUAAUACCAGCGAUGUGAACAUUAAAUAAAACAACUUCAAGGGUAGAAUGCGAUAAGCAUAGUGGUGGGUACUCGAGAUUCGGCCACGGUCGAAUGUAACUUUCUUACUUGCUUUUUUCUUGUUUUUGUUUUAAAAUAUUUAUUAACAAGAA